GAGAAGCACAAGUGUUUAUUUACAUUUAUAUAAAUCACAAGCAAUUAAUCUACAAACUUUUAUUCUCCCUUUUAAAAUCGAUGUGUCACAAAAUAAUUAUAUUUUUACAUUCAUAGACAUUAUAGUCAUAGACAUGUGUAUAUAUAUGUAGAAAUAUAUUUAAUGCAUUAUAUAUUUAAAUACAAAUAAAUAUCUAAUCAUGUUUGGGAAAGAGGCCUUCCAACUUAUUACAGAACUUGAUUUGUCUGAUGAUAUAAAACCCUUCAAUGAAUCUGUGGUCAGACAAGUAUUGGAAGAAAUGCAUUAUCUUUAUGAAGCAAAUUUACUUGAUAGUAAUGCUAUCAAAAAUGAUGGCAAUACAGCGUUACUUCCGUCCGUACAAUUUCGACAUGUAGCUUUAACUAGAAACAAAAGAUGUAUCUUAGCAUACUUGUAUAAUAGAAUGAGAAGAUUGCGUCAAAUGCGUUGGGAAUUAGGUAGCAUCUUACCACCAGAAAUCAAUUCUAAUUUACUUAAUGCAGAAAUUCAAUGGUUCCAUUCAUAUAAUAAAUCUUUAGCUACAUAUAUGAGAUCUAUAGGAGAUAGUUGUGGACUUAAUUUGACAGUAAAUAUGUUACCACCUAAAUCUCUUUAUAUCGAAGUUAAGUGUUUGACAGAUUUUGGCAAGCUAGAGAUUGAAAAUGGACAAGUAGUGACUCUCAAGAAAAACACAUAUCAUUUAUUACCUAGGGUAAUCUGCGAGCCUCUUAUCAGACAGGGUAUACUAGAACAUCUCGCAUGAUGCGUUUGUUGUUUGAUAUUACAAAAAAGAAAAAAAAAAAUGAAGAUUUUGGAAUUCAAAUCAUAUUAUUUUUAUACCAUACAUGCUUUACAAUAAAAAAAUUAAUUUAUGUUUAAAGAACAUUUCUAACAGAUCUUUCAAAGAAAUAAAAUGUUAGACAAAAAUCUAUCACGUGAACAUUUCUUAACUAUAUGCUUAUGUUGGAUUUUCCAAGAGAAAGUGGAUUAAAAUAGGGAUACUUUUAGAAAACA